AUGAUAAUAGGUUUGAGACGGAUCAAACUUAAGGUGAAGAAGAAAUUCAGAAGGAGGAAGAAUAUCGCCCCCAACACCAACAUCAAAGAAAUCACCAGUUUUAGUGAAAAAAUCACUGAGAUAGAGUUUAAUGAGAUUGAUGAGGAAGAUGAGUUUGAUAAAUAUGAUAGUUAUAUGGAUGAAAAAGUGAUUUUAGGUAAACUACAACAAUACCAAGAGGUAAGGAUUGUAAGAGAUCAAGCAGACAAAGUCAAUACCAAAGAACCAGUGAUAUUACACGUCAAAGAGACUGAUAAUGAACCAAUAUCAAAGCCAUUAAAAAGGCUGGCACCUAAUAUGAAUGUGCUUAAGAACAUUAAGAAUAUAUCAGAUUCAAAUUUACCAUUUAAGAAAAUAAAUAAUAAGAUCAAUGAAGCUAAAAAUAAUAAGGUCAAGGUUACAAAUCUAGAUGAGCUUCAUGGUGAUAUUUGUGAAUAUAGGAUUAAAUUUUAUUACUUGAGAAAGGUGAUUAUUGCAUAUUUAAUUGUGGUUUUGAUUAGUUCAUUAGUAAACUUAUGGGUCAAAGCCCCAUAA